UCCGCGCGCACGCUCGCUCCGCCCGCCCCGCCUGAGCUGAGGCUCGUCGGUGCCGGCCGGCCUCUCACUCGGAGCGGGGACGCGACGGGCGCAGCAACGUCAGCCAGCAGCACGAGGAGGGCGCGGAGCGCGACAAGCCGCCUCAGCUGCCGCCGCGGGGACGCACGCCGGGCCUGCCUCUCACCGUCGCCCGAGUGACCGGCGCCUCCCGGGCCCCGGCCCCGUCCCCGCCGCCGCCUCCGCCCGGCCCGGCUCGGGGGUGGUUCCGUGCCUGCGCAGAUCCGCGCGCCCGCCCGCCCGCGCCCCGCUCGCCCCGCUGCAGUGCGGAGGGAGGGCUCGAAGAUGGCCGGCUGGCAGAGCUACGUGGACAACCUGAUGUGCGAUGGCUGCUGCCAGGAGGCCGCCAUUGUCGGCUAUUGCGACGCCAAGUACGUGUGGGCGGCCACCGCUGGGGGCAUCUUCCAGAGCAUCACGCCAAUAGAAAUAGACAUGAUUGUAGGAAAAGAUCGAGAGGGUUUCUUUACCAAUGGUUUGACUCUUGGUGCAAAGAAGUGCUCAGUAAUCAGAGAUAGUCUGUAUGUGGAUGGUGACUGCACAAUGGACAUCAGGACAAAGAGUCAAGGGGGUGAACCAACGUAUAAUGUUGCUGUGGGCAGAGCUGGCCGAGUCUUGGUCUUUGUAAUGGGCAAAGAAGGGGUCCAUGGAGGUGGAUUGAAUAAGAAGGCAUACUCAAUGGCCAAAUACUUGAGAGACUCUGGGUUCUAGCUGCUAGGCAAGACUGUUAAGUAUUAGGGGGAUUGCUCUUAAACUUUCCUAAUUGUAAGCGUGAGUCUUCAUUCUGGAAAUUUUAUUAGCAAUGCAGGUGAUGGGGUUAUGAACCUGUGUCUUCUUUGUAUCCCUUUGUUGGUGGGGAAAGGUGUUUUUGUUUUUGUUUCAUAAGUAAUUCUGUUCACUUUUUGUUUCCUUGUGUACUCCAGCAUUGGUUAUAGUCAUGGGAAAGGAAGGUGUCCAUGGAGGGACACUGAACAAGAAAGCAUUUGAACUCGCUUUAUACCUGAGGAGGUCUGACGUCUAAGCAGCCUCUCCCCAUCCACCUAGCAACUGUCUUCAUCGCCACCCCAGUUAUGUUCAUAGUACUACCAGACUAUAGAUGGUAGUUCAUUUGUUUUUAUUUACCUAUUUUCUAAUGUCAUGUUUCUGUUUACCCAAAUGGAUCAUUUGUAUGUUAACCACUGUAUGUAAUAGAAACCCUUAUCUGGCACCAUUAUUGCAGCAUAAUAAUGAUAUGCAUGAUACCUUGAAAUUUGGGGGGAGGGGGGCAUGCCAAUUUGGGCAUUGCUUUACUUUAGCAAUUAGUGGGAUCUUGAGACUACUAAAAUAAGUUAACACUAAUAAGCGAGGUGCCGAUUGUACAAUCUCCGAUUUGAUCAAUGUCUUUUCAGCACUUUGAGCAAUUACAUGGCUCCCUUAGUCUUCCUUUUAUAGAGCAUGGUUGGGAGGAAAAAGUGCAUGCAUGUCUUCUCUCCUCCCCUCUCCUCCCUUCCCACAUACGGUAUUUCUUUUGCUUCCAUCUACUCAUGCAGUGCCUGGAUUAUUCAGCUAUUUUAACACUAUCUUUGUUUAUGAGCUGCUGAGAACUGCAGGAAAUUUUGCCUUAGUCUUGCUGUUGUACUCCAGUAGACACAAAGGUUUGUUCCUAGUGUCUAGAGCACACACUACUACUUGGAGGACAACGGCAAACAAGAGCAAAAGGUGCAAAAGGGCACACUUCCUCCUCGAUCUUACAGAGACGAUCUGGAUGGACUCCCCAGAGACAUUCCGUCACUGCAAUAGCUCAGGCACUUGAGAGGUCUGUGUCUGUCUUUUCUUUUUCAUAUCAGCUCCUAUUUCUGUUUUUUUAAAAAUUGAUUUAUGAAAGGCUGCCAUCAUGGACAUUAGAUACCCCAACAUAACCAUCUGGAGUGUGUCCGAUUUUUUCAUAGGACCAAUUUUUAUUUGCAGCUUGGGUUUUUGUAUGAAAUUAUGUUGUUAUUGUGGGAAAAACUGCCACCUUCAGCUAUAUAUACUGGUAGUCUAGACUGACUUAUUUUGGUCUGAUCACUGAUUGGUAAAAAGUAAAUGGAAUUGCUGCUUUAAUACCGAUAUUUGGAUGGGGGUUGGAAGUUUUAUAAGCUAAAAUAGUGGAAGUAGACACAUUUCAAAUUUUAAAACCUGCAUUUGGCCUGUCACACCCUUGCUGUGGAGUAAAUCUGCCUUGUGCUCUAGUCAUCCAAAAUAUGUGUAACCAAGCUGUCAGUUCAAAGCACGGAACUAACUUGUAUGUUCAUUUUAAAAAAUAAAUAAAUAAAAAACAAAUGAAGACUUCUGUAUAAAAAUAAAUGGGAGAUGGUAUUGGUUGGAAUAACUGACUUGGCUGUCUUGUGAUGAAUUUUUUAAUAUGUAUUCUGUGCCAUACUAUUGUUAAAAAUGAACUGUUGCUAUUGUGAGAUGGAUCUUAACUAACCCAUUAAGGGUUUCUUAUUUUGAAUGGCACUAUUUUAGGGACAUUCUCGUAUUUGCUUCUAUUGUUUGGGCCUUGUGGAUAAUGUACAGAUUUUAAAAACAAAAAAUCUUGUUGCUGAUUUAUCCAUUUCUUUCCCUGCACUUUGUUACAUCUGGGAUACAGUCUGACUCAUCUGAUUUAAUAUGCAUUUCAAAAAAUGCCAUAACUAUUAAAACACCUUGUUUACAGACAGAUGAAAUAAAUUUAUUCCAACCAAAUAAAAUCUAGGCUCUUGUCUAUGUAA